ACAAGUCUGUCAAAAAGUACUCACAUUGUAACCCUAGUGUGUCUUUCUCUCUCCACAAAUACCCUCCCGCCACCUCUCCCCGCCGCCGCCACCACCACCAAAUUCACCUCACUCUGUUUUUACCUAAAUUCAUUUCCAACAAUUAAUUCGCCCGCAUAACUUUGAUUGUUGAUUCCCAAGCAAGGAAGGGGAUGGGGGAGAGUGACGGCAGCAUUAGUGAUCAAUUCGAUAGCCACAACGACGUCGUUGUCGGCGCCCCCUCCAAGUCGCCGUGGAAGACCCCCGCCGCUGUUUCUCCAGCAGCGGCCUCCGAUUCCGAGUCCUGGCCCGCGCUUGGCGACGCGCAACAGCGCCCCAAGUGCAACGGGGUUAUCGAUUUCAACUCCGCCAAGUCGCCGCCAGCUCAACCACAGGCUGAUGCUGAUGGUGGUGAACCUCCGGUGAUGCGGCCGGCUCCAGAGCAGCAGAAGUUCCAUGGACGAGGCAAUAUCAGAUCCCCCCGGAAGCCCACUUAUCAACAAAAAACUGGUUCCAAGCACCAUGGCCCAAAUGGUGCAUCUCCAUUACCUGUGCCCUUACCCAUUUAUCCACCACUUUUUCAUACUAUGGUUCCCAUUCCCCCUAAUUCAGCUCCUGGAUACCCUUAUCCAUUCCCUCCUGGAGGUUUUCCCAGAGUUGAUGGUCGGUUGGUAAAGCCUGGUGGUGAUGCUACUUCAAAACCCUUUGUUCCUCCAGUAAAUGGGGACAUGCAGACUUUGCCACGUGCUAAUUCAAAUUCUCAUGAUUUCAGUUCUGUUGAAAGAAAGCCUAAUGUAAAAGAACAGGAUGGCCAAAUGAAUCCUUCGUGGAAUAAUCAAAGGCCAGCUGGUUUUAACAACAACUUCCAUUUGCAACCACCGAUGGUUCCGAGACCUUUCAUAAGACCUCCAUUCCUUGUCCCUGCAGGCUUCAUUGAUGGAGCAAACUUCCAAGGUCCUCCAGGAACUGUAUAUUAUUUUCCUGCUCCUCCUUCGGGCUCUGUGAGAGUACCGUACCCUCCAAUUUUCGUUCCACAUCCUUUGAGCUCUGGAAUUCCAAUGCCGCCGCCUUCACCAGUCUUAGCUUUGAGGGCUAAAAUUGUGAAACAAAUUGAAUAUUAUUUUAGUGAUGAGAAUCUGCAGACUGAUCCAUACUUGAUUUCCUUGAUGGACAACCAAGGCUGGGUGCCAGUGUCAGUAAUUGCUAACUUUAAAAGGGUUAAAAGAAUGGAUGCAGAUGUACCGUUUAUUCUGGAUGCAUUGCAGGCUUCAGAGGUCAUCGAAACACAGGGUCAAAAGGUAAGGAGGCUCAAUGAGUGGUCAAAGUGGAUUCCGACCUCUGCUGAUCACCAAAUUUCUCCUGGUUCAAGUGAUGGGAAGAGUGAUGGUAUCACUGAAAAUAGAGGUGACUGCGCUGAAGGCUUAAAGGAAGUACCUUCAUCAAAUGCUCUGGGUCCCAUGCAAUUAGGUGAAAACUGCACAAGUGAAUCAGUUGGUGACAACACUGAUCAAAACAGGGAUAUCUCACAAGGGGCUGACUCAGCAAAGUCAAGUGUUGAUAAAAACAGCAAAAACCAAAGUAUGCAGACUAAUUCGCGCCACAAUGUGCACCUGAAUGACUUAUCUAAUGAUUUUUCAAGCACAUUUUUGCUUGACGAAGAGCUGGAACUCGAGCAGGGAACAGAAAGAAGCGAUAGACCUUCUACCUUGGAGAGGUUUGACGAUGAAGAUGAAGAGGUCGUCAUGGUUAACGAUCAAGCAGUUGAGAAGCUUGUGAUUGUCACUCAGAAUAGGCGAAAAGGUGAGAGACCUGGUGAGGAAUCGGAGGCCGUAUGCAGUGAGCUUCAAUCUGCUAUGAUAAAUGAUGGGCUCUACUUUUAUGAGCAGGAACUAAAAUCCCAUAGAUCUUAUAGUAAACUCAAUGAGCCUAUCAUCGGCAGCAGAGAUGAGAACUCCAAAUACUUUGCUGGUGAUACUUCUCUGAUAAAUCCAAGAGCUGUUGAUUGCUCUACUGGGGGAAGUAGCAGUGAAGGACAUGGAAAUUCUAAUUCUCGAAGGAAGCAAAACAAGAGCAAUUCCAAACAUCACUCCAUUCAUAAGCAGCGGCUCUUCCCUGGCAACUUCAAAUCUCAUGGAAGUGGGCGGAACUCCCAUGGAAUAGUUUCUGAAAGUUCUCCUAGUGAUGCUAUUGGCUUUUUCUUUGGUUCAACACCUCCAGAUAGUAAUACGCUGAGGCCUUCAAAAUUGAGUGCUUCUCCUCACAGCCAUUUGUUAGGAAGUAGUCCACCAGUUGGAUCAGUGCCAAAGCCAUUCCCACCAUUUCAGCAUCCAAGUCAUAAACUUCUAGAGGAAAAUGGUUUCAAACAGCAGCUGUACAAGAAGUAUAACAAGCGCUGCCUUGCUGAGCGGAAGAGGAUGGGUGUUGGUUGUAGCGAGGAGAUGAAUACUCUUUAUAGGUUUUGGUCAUUUUUUUUGAGGGACAUGUUUAAUCCUACCAUGUAUGCUGAAUUCAAGAAGUAUGCUAUAGAAGAUGCUGCUGCUGGUUGUUACUAUGGAAUGGAGUGCUUGUUCAGAUUUUAUAGUUAUGGCUUGGAGAAGGAAUUUAGACGGGAAGUAUAUGAGGACUUUGAACAGCUUACACUUGAUUCUUAUAAGAAGGGGAGCCUGUAUGGUUUGGAGAAGUACUGGGCAUUUCACCAUUACCGGGCGGAUGAUGAACCAGUGGUGAAACAUCCAGAACUGGACAGACUGCUUAGAGAGGAAUAUCGUAGCAUGGACGACUUCAAACAGGAAAAAGCUAAGAGUAAAAGAGGUUAAGCAUUCAUAUUAUCACAGGUAUGGUGAAGUGCCAUCGCAAAUUUUGGGAGAGAAUUCUAACAGUCAUAUAGAGCAAAUCUAAAUCUGGUAGGGGUUCCAGUUUGUUUUUUUUACAUGGGAAUCAAAGCUGAUUCCGUAAAUACAAGUUGUCGACAAAUCAGUCAUCGAGAUAAACAAGCUAUUUGACCCCAGAACUUGUAACAGUUAUUUUCUACUGCCUGCCUGUUGAGGGAGGCACUCUGUUUCUAAAGUAGAUUUAACAUGUACUUAUAAAUUACAACAGACGACUUGAUGAGGUUUUUUUUAUUAAUAGAACAUGAAACUCUUGUAACUUGUA